AUGAAGCUCGGAAUUUUAAGCAUAGAUACUGUAAAUGGCGAUGAUCAGGAAAGGCGUAGGUUCAGUAAAAGGACCAUAUGGAUGGUCGUAAUCAUCGUGCUGGCUAUCAUCGCUGUAAUCGUCCCAGUAACGUUAGUAUUGACAAGAUCCAAAGCUAAAGAGAAAAGGACUAUCAAAUUUCUAAAUGGCUUAGAUAUAGAACCGUCUAACGAAUAUCCGAUAAGCGACUUUAUAGUGGUUGACUCCAAAGAUGACCAAUAUGUCAGUCAUGAAGAGGAUGUACCAGUGCAAGUAGUAGAGAAUGAACAUGAAAGGGAUUUUCUUAAGGAACUAAGGGCCAUAAAGGCCAAAAUGGAUGAAAAAAUGAGAGGUGAUUUGGUCAAGUUUGAGGAUGAAGUUGUACGCAAUAAUAUUGAAUAUAAACAAGACGAAAAAACCUGUCUGGGAGACGACCUUAAAGACACUUGCGUACAGCAUGGACAAGUAAAGGUCAUAACUUCCUAUGAAGCCUCUUGUGUUUUGAAAUUGAUCAAUAUUCUCAAGGAAGAGUUCCGACCAAAGUUGGAGGUUGAGAUCCUCAUUCUCUUCAAAAAGUACUGCGCAAACUAUGAAAUUAGAUAUUACAACCACGACUGGUUUUUAAAGUUUUAUUACACCUUCCGGAGGGACGUCAUUAGAAUGGAAAUCCACAACAGGGACCCCUCGAAAAAGUACAAGAAAGGGUACCAUACCAGACUCGCUGAAGAUUACAUUUACGGGCAAACAAAGAGUGUUGACACUUCAAGUCUCAUUAAUGGGUUCCAAGGUUCAGAGAUUAUCAAGACGCCGCUGCCCUUUGAGGUAGAGAGUGACUCCAUAGACCUGAGAGACGGCGGUUAUAUUGGGGAGUUUUUAAGUUAUAGACUAAACAAAUGCAAGUCAUGCUGGAUGGUAGCUGCAUCCAUCGUAUAUGAUGCCUUUGUGACCCUCAAAACCGGCAGAAGGCUAACCCACAGUGCACAGCAAAUUUGGGACUGCGCGCCAGAACGGAGUUCUCCAGAACUUCUCGAGACCAGUCUGGGCUACUUUAAGGACCACGCGAUUUGCCUCAGGGGAAAAUAUCCAUUUAUUGGUGAAAAGAGGAGGUGCAGAGACAGAAUGUGCGCAAAACUGUCGAUUGUCAAGAGGAUCGUAAAGAUUUCUGAAAGCGAAGCGGAACGACAUUUGAAGACAAACGGUCCAUUCAUGGUUGAGUUUUACAUUUAUGGACUGGAAAAUGUCUACACUGGUGGAAUAUACAAGGGGAAAUUGAGCAUAGGCUCACUGAUAUCUGCAGUAGUCGUUGGUUUAGGAACUGAUGUAAAUACCAGGGAAAAGUAUUGGAUGUUAAAACCAAUCAUAGAGGUCAGAUCUAAUUGGGGAGAGGGAGGCUACGUGAAGAUUUUGUAUGGGCACAUUGACGACGGAAAAAGCAUCUUUGAUAAUGCAUACGGAUUUUCUGGUUAA